UGGAAGAGGAGGAGGAGGAGGAGGCCGGCAGUGGAGGAAGGACAGCCAGAGGAGGAAGAGGUGGCGGAGCGGCGGUCACCAGUUCGAUUCCCUUCGUCUGAGUGUGUGAGUGAAGGAUGUUCGAGGCGGAUCUAUAGUAGGACUUGAAUCUAUGUAAAGGAGGACUGGGAGAGGUCUGCGCCAAUCAGCGGUGAGCACGCCACACACCCAGCCAAUCAGCGUCGAGGAGGAGCGGCAGUCGGCCAAUCAGCGCCCUGCCCGUUGAGUUGAUGCCGUUUGAAGCCUCGGGGCGUCUUGACCAAGCAGCUUGUUCGAGGGUGCUGCUGCAGCAGCACUCCCUAGUGUGGCGGAGAAGACUGCUGAGCGAGGUGCGGCCUCGCUCCAAGCUCUCUCGCACUAAGAGAUGCCUGUCAUUAUCAACUCAAGACACCAACAGCGACUUCAAAACUUUCAGUCAUCCCAGACUCCCGGGCAGUGUCCUUCUCAGCCCUGGAGAGAUAGCUCACCCAGGCGGCCCCUCGGAGGCCCCUACACCAACCUCAGAGCCACCAGCCGUGUCAGCAGUCCUGCCCUGCCCAGGGGUGGGUGGACAUCCCCCACCAGGAGGUGCUGGUUCAGUAGCCUCUGGUUCCCAGGGAUCUUCUCACCCGGCAUGGCUGGCCUCCCGGCACCUCCACCUGAAGAAGGGGAAACAUUACACUGUUUGUACCUCACAGAAUAAAGCAUCAUGA